AAGAUCGACCUCAUGGUGCUGUCUCGAGCCGUGGUGUUGCUGUGCGUGGCGGCAGCCUUGCUGUCCGAGGCCCCCGGCGGUGCCGUCGGCGCCGAGCUUGUGCCUCGACAGCUGGAGCAGGAGUCGCUGAAGGUGCACGUCAAGCUUCACCAGAACGAGGCGGUGCAGCCGGAGAACCACGCUCCUGCCAAGAAGCAUCACUCGCCCCACAAAAAGGACGGGGCUGAAGAGGCCACGGACAACGGCGAGACCGUGCGCAACUUCGACCACGGCACGGUCCGCAUCGAGUCGAAGGACGCCCCGCCCGCGAAGAAGCUGGCCAAGGGUCGCCACCAGAAGGAUGCCAGCCCGCAAGCGCCAAAGGACGAGACCGUCGUCGAGUACAACCACGGGACGGUCAAGAUUUCUGGCAAGAAGGCGAGCGUGACCACUGAUGGAGAGACGAAGCGUACGAAGGACAAGCCCAAGAAGGCGGCUGCGCCGAACGAGAAGGAAGUCACCAGUACGGCCAACGAUGUGAACGAGCUCGUGACGAAACUCAGCAGCACAGACUCGGCCGACAAGAAGUCGCUCAUCGACGCGUACGGUCCUGUGGUUGUCAUCUGCGGCAUCAUCGGUGGUUUGGCUGCCAUUAUUGGCGUCGCUGGCUUUGUCAUGGGCGAACCCAAGUCGAGCAUCGGGGAUCUUGACGACUCCGACGAUCUGGACGUUGACGUUGAAGCUAAUGCCGCAUCGGUUAGCAUUCAAGACGCUGCUGACGACGGCAAAGAACCUUUGGAAUGCUCGGACGCCGAAGAAGAGGAAGGAUCAUUCGCCAACGGGACGCCGCACGUGUCAGUGUAAACAGGCUCCUGACGCUAUCGGCGCAGGAAUUCAUGGCCCUCAGACCGAGGGCAUCAGUGGCAUUGAGUUCGGGCCUGCGCUUUCAUUUAUAUACGUACGAUAUACUGU